GCUUCAUCGGCUCCAUACUUUCACUUCUUACAAUUAGAAGUUUGAGUGGAAUCCACCAUGAAGAUCUUAAUCCUGACUUCCAUCUUUGUGGUUGCUGUGAUAGCUCUUCCAAGAGCAAAACGUCAAGUUUACUAUUUACCAGCUGGAGCUGAUCUGAUCUUGAGUAAAACCCUACAGAAUACGUUCAGUUGUGAAGGCAAAGAUGGCGGUUAUUAUGCAGAUCAGGGAAUGGAUUGUCAAAUUUUCCACGUUUGCCACCCCACCGAGAAGAAAACUGAACAGUAUAGCUUCAUCUGUGGCAAUCUGACAGUUUUCAAUCAGCAAACUAUGACGUGUAGUCAUCCGGAUGAUGCUGUACCUUGUAACAAAGCUCACGAGUUUUUCCAUCUUAACGAACGUCUCUUCGAUGAGGAGGAAGUUUUCUUGAAGGAUGAAGAAAUCUGAUCAAAUUUCUAUAGUUUAUCCUCAUCUAUAUGUUAAAAUUUAUCAUCCUAUUAUUGCAAAUAUAACAAUGCUUGUUGUGGUACUAUGGUACAAUGCUUGUGGAACCUUGGUUAAUUUGUUAUCGUUGAAUUUUUAUAUAAAUAAACUGCAAUUAUCUUAA